UCAAAAGAUCAAGGCAGGUUAAUACACAAAUCCAUCUUUUAACUUGCUCUUAUUUUGUCCUGUCUGUGAAGUUGUGCUUUAGACCUCGAAAAACGUAUACAAAAUAUGAAAAGGAAAACAUCAGUGUAGGAAUUGGUACCGUACAAACAUAAAAUAAGGAACAAAUAAAGCAAUGGUGCUUUGUGGAAAUUUUUAACCUUCACUAGCCGGCUGCUACAAUGCAAAAAUACCGAGUUUUAGGGAAGAAGGGCGAAGGCACAUUUUCUGAAGUGCUCAAAAUCCAAAAUGUCCGGGAUGGUAGUUACUUCGCUUGCAAGAAAAUGAAACAACAUUACGAUAGUCUUGAACAAGUGAAUAAUUUACGUGAGAUCCAAGCGAUGAGACGCCUCACACCUCACCCUAAUGUUGUAGAUUUAAAAGAAGUUAUUUUUGACCGGAAGAGCGGACACUUGGCGUUAGUCUGUGAACUAAUGGAUAUGAAUCUAUACGAGCUAAUACGAGGAAGAAGACAUUAUUUACCAGAAGAACAAGUCAAAAAUUACAUGUAUCAGAUAUGCAAAUCUAUUGAUCAUAUGCACAGAAAUGGAAUCUUUCACCGAGAUGUCAAACCUGAGAAUAUAUUAGUUAAAAAUGAUGUCGUGAAAUUAGCAGAUUUUGGGUCAUGUAGAAGUGUGUAUUCCAAACAGCCUUAUACAGAAUAUAUUUCAACUCGAUGGUAUCGCGCACCAGAAUGUUUAUUAACAGAUGGAUAUUAUUCUUAUAAAAUGGAUAUCUGGAGUCUAGGAUGGUUUUUUGAAGUUCUAAGUUUACAUCCGUUAUUUCCCGGUUCAAACGAAGUUGAUCAAAUUGCCAAAAUCCACGAUGUCCUUGGCACUCCUCCACAAAGCGUUCUGCAAAAACUAACAAACAAAUCAAGAAGUAUCAAUUUUCAGUUCCCGCAGAAAGAAGGAACAGGAAUUCGUAAACUACUGCCACAUGUCUCAAUUGAAUGUAUAGACCUUAUUGAACUCAUGUGUACCUACGAUCCAGACGAGAGAAUUUCUGCCAGACAAACAUUACGCCAUCAUUAUUUCAAGAAACUAAGAGAUGCAGAUAAAAAAGCUGCCGCGUUGGAACGAAAUAAAGAUCGUGAUCAACAAUCAAGAAUACUGACGAAACACAAGACACACAGAAGAACAAAGAAAAAGAUCGUGCAAGAAGAUGCAAAGUCUAAAGGUCUUUUGCAAGGAGACGGCAGUUUCUUACCUCGUAUUGCUGGUGCAACACGUACAUCAAACACAACUGUCAAGUUCCCAACAAGUUUUCCAACCAUCACCAAUAUUCAGACGAAAGAUAACAACGUGAAGCAACAGAAUGUGAAACAAAUGUUCUCACAUAGUUACACUUUACCAGCCCUGGAAAAGCACGGAGGGCACUAGACUAGAGCAAAGAACAUUCUGAAUAAUGUUGAAAUGUGACUGAUAUCAAGACACAAACGAUGAUAGCUGUGGUGUUACGAAGAUUUUUAUAUUCAUUUCCAAUAGACCACACGACAUGAAUCACUGCUGUUUGAAGAUAGAAUUGAGGAAAUUUGUAAAUACUUCUGCAUUUAAUAAGAUCACUAGAAUACGAUCUCGAAGAAAAUACGGAAUGGUGACAAAAUGUCAAUACUGAAUAGUUGUAAGAUACUGUAUACAAAAUUUGUUUGUACUG